AUGGAAGAUGCCGCUGUGAAGUCACAUUUCAACGCUAGUCACUUUUUUCUCGCAUUUGACGGUCUUGUAGCGCCGAAAGACCAGAAGCACCGCAGCAGCUGCAACUGCCACGAACAGAACCCCUACGAGGGGCUGCCUCCUGCGCCCCUGGUAAUAGCUCAGGCCAUUGUCUACGAAAUUGACCUCAGAGGUCGCUCAUCCCAGACAUGCGCAACUCUGCAGUGGCCCAGAGCUGGGCAGCCUAUCAACGCCAAGCGGAUGUUCCUGUGCUAUCUGGAAGUAAACGCUCCUUGA